CUUACUGCGACUUUUCCGUUUAUCACAUCUAAAGCUCAGUGCGAAAAAAUGUGGUAACGAAACAAUAUGUGCACGAAACGGAUAUGAUUUUUUUUGGGAUGUUGACAAGUCGAAUGUUGACAUAAAUUGCUUCUUUGCUCCAUAUGAAGCGAAAAUAUAGAGGACACCUAUGUUGUACAGAGCCAAUAAGAUACUAAAUUCCUUUUAGUAAAAAGUCAAGAAAGUGUUCCAAUGGCUCAACCAAGCAGCACACAGCUACAGUACUAUAGACAUGACUAUGCUAAAGUUUGCAUGACAGGACUUCUCGGAUGCCGCUGGCACAGGUACAAGCAGUCUACCAAUGGUUCCAGGAAGAGAGAUGUGGCAUAUUUUGUAUUCUGUUUACUGGUGUCCAUGUAUGUGAUAUUCUGGUUCUAUUAUUUGUUGAUAGCUGAUAAUGAUAAACAGAGUAUGAAUGUAUUUAUGUAUGAAAGAACACAAAGUAGAUUUGAUUGGUUCCUCCUAGCUCUUGUGAUAUUUUCUGUGUUGUUUUCAUAUGUUGUUUUACUGUUGUUGCUCAGUCUGUGCCAUAUAAUACAAGGGCAUCAACUUUACACACACCCUGUACACCUGGCUAUAAUGCUAGUGUUAUUAUUAGCAUGUAUAGCAAUAACUAUUGUCCUGCAGGAAAUGUGGGUAGAGGAAUGGUCUGUGAUAGCUUUAUCCUUUCAGGUGUUUGGUCCAUUUUUACAUCUUGGUGCUGUUGGUUUCAUGACUCUUCUUUCUUGGGUGAUCACCAGUAAAUGGUUUAAACUUAUAAAAAUUGAACACAAGUUAGCAAGUAUGUGUUUCUUCUGUGUAUUUAUGCUGGCCCUGUAUUUAUGUCCACUAUUUAUAAACUCCCCAUGUGUGAUAUUGGAAAAGAAUCUCCCCGACAAACCGAAAAUAUUUGCGCACAGAGGUGCUUCCAUGAUUGCCCCAGAGAAUACAUUGAUAGCAUUUGAACUUGCAGCUGAGAACGGAGCAUUUGGUGUGGAAACUGAUGUACAAAUCAGUAUGGAUGGUGAGUUAUUUAUUAUGCAUGACAAUACAUUACAUCGAACAACUAAUAUAGAGGAUGUGUACCCAGAUCUUGUAAAUCAACAUUCUUCAUAUUUCAACAUAACAGAAUUAGAGGAGCUCAGUGCUGGUGAAUGGUUUAUAAAGGCAAAUCCAUCAGGCAGUGUAGGAAGUCUUUCAGAAGCGGAUAAAUCACUUUACAGAAGUCAAAAAGUUCCAUCGUUUCUCAGCGUACUACAGUUGUGUAUGAAACAUAACCUAGCUGUAAUGUUUGAUGUUUUUAGACCACCAGAGUCUCAUCCAUUUUACAAUGAUACUUUCCCUACCUUGACAGAUAUAGUUAGUAUGUCUGGGAUAAACAAAUCAAUGAUAUUUUAUCCAACAUCAAGUUUUGAAAAUUUCCUUCCUCCUAGAGGCUGGAAGAGACUGUUCACUGAGAAAGGAGCAAGUCUACAGUACCUUCAUCAUAACAAUUACACUGGUGUACAUGUAGGACACAAUGAUGUUGAUACAGAAUCCUGGAGAUUAUAUAGAAAAAACAACUUGACAACAUCUGUAUAUAUGGUGAAUAAAGCCUGGUUAUAUUCGUUCUACUGGUGUAUUGGUACUGGAUUUAUUUCAACAGAUUACUGUGAUGUCAUAUCAAAGGUAGAUAAACCAGUCUGGCAGUUGUCACCAAGAAGUUACCUUGUAUUGUGGUUGGUGGCAGACAGCACUUCAGCUAUACUUAUUAUCAUCAUGUUCUUAGUACAUAGGUAUAGGUUUUAUAGUCAUAGAUAUCAUCCUGAAAGGAUGUCAUUAAGUUCACAUUCCAAUGGUAGUAGCACAUGGGGACCAAAGAGAACACGGCGAUCCAUGAAGGAGAAACUACUCAUGCGUGAUGUACAAGCAGAUGCCUACGACCUUGAGCCAGACGACGACCUUGGCAUUGAUAGUAAUGGUUAUAAUGCCACGGUCACAGUACUUGAAGGUCGUGAACUUUCACAAGCAUUCCAAAGAAACAGUUACCAUAGUAACACAGGCAAAGAUGCUGAAGAUUAUGACAGUCAAAAAGGUUUCCAUAGCAACAGAUCUAGUUACCAUAGUACAGGUAACGGUUACCACGGUGAUGGAAAAGAGGUCAAUCGAUCUAGUUUCCAUGGAAACGAAAUCAAAAGGUCAAGCUUUAUAAGUAGUGUGGAGAAUGGGGAAUUGUUUGGAGAUUCCGGGAAAAGAAAUAGUUACCAGGCAACAGGCGCAUUAAAUGAAUCAGAUCAUACAGAUAUUUUUCCAAAUGGUACAGCGGACCCAAAUGUAAACACAUAUCAAAGUGAAACAGCAUUUACUUGAAAAGUUUUAUGUGAUUUGUUUUGUAAUUUUUUUUUAUUUUUUUUUUCCUUAUUAUCAAAGCAAUAUAUUUUAUAAGGCUUUUUUUUCCUCUGUUGAUGUCUUUCUCAAGUUUUGUUGAUAGAUAUAUAUGUUGUUGUUGUUGUCAACUGAAUGUUGAGUUCUUUUAUAUUUAUGAGAACAUUGUACUAGAAAAUUUUUAUUAUUAUGUUUUAGAUAGACGGAAAUUAUUGUAUACAUGUAUUCUACGUUAUAUUCAUUAAAUUCAGUUAAAUAAUCAAAAACUUCCAUUGUGAGAGAUCAUUACAUUAAUAUAUUUUUGUGAAUUAAUUUUAUGCAAAAUUGAUUUGAUUAACACAUUUUCACCAGCAUUAUAUUCUUUGAUUUGUUAAUUUCAAUUGAUGCAUUCAUAGACCAUGUUCAAAUGAAGACAAAGUUAUAAAUCACAAGGGGGGGGGGGGGGCACCUUUGGAAAGGUUGUGAGGCUCAACUGAAUCACUCUUUUUCUCCCCUUUUAGUGAAUGGACAGGAACAAAGAAUCUUGCCAGCUUUUGAUGGUUCAACUUAUUUGCCUAAUCAGUAAUGCACUUAGCGUCAUCACUUUGGUUAAUGCCAGAAAGUUAUUAUAUUAGCUUGAUGAGAAAUUUUUAGUACGAGUUCAAUCUUAACCUCAUGAAUUUGGGUAUUAGAUUUUUGCCCAGUUUCAAACUUGGAACAGUCCAUUCACAUUGUAAGGGAUUUCAAUAUCAAGAAACAAAAAAAAAAAUGAGUUACAACUACCAACAGUAGAGUAGGGUUACUGUUUAUGGCAGUAACGAGGCUCUGCUGAGUUUCCACUAAACAGUUACCCGAGAGCUAGAUAUUCUGGUCUGUACCGGCAGCCAGUGUUUGAUUCUUUUUUCUUGCAUAUAACAUAUCAAUAAUUUUCAAAACAGGAAAUUACGAAAACUGAUAUUCUCAUUACGCACUUUUUUCUUAUAGUAGUGUAUGAACUUACAACUUCAUUCAAAAAAGGUUAAGUGACAUUGUCCUAAGAAGGCAAUUCAUUCAUAAAACGCCCGCGGCAAUGACAUCAUUUAAAACGGGCAAUUUGUCUUAUAGGGGGGGUUUAAGACAGGGUUUUCUAGCACCGGUAUAAAUGGUAGAUAAUCCUGUGUGACAUGCAAGAACUAACUCUAUAUGCUAAUCACUUUCACCCCCAGCAGGCUAAAUUCCAACCACAUUCAUGAUUUGAAGAAUUGGUAAAAAUCAGUUCGGGAUUAAAUUAUUUGUGAAUAAGUAAGUAUCUUGAAAUAAGUUAUGUGUUGAUAUGUUCAACACUGCUCUAGGUAGAACAAUAUUUAAAAACUAGGGUUAAUUGUUAUAUAAAUUUAUACAGUUAUAUCGAAAAAAUAUCAAACAUUACCAAAAUAAUGAGAAGCCAAUAUGUGAUAUGAAAAGAAUAUUCUAUAUUUUUGAAUGGUAUUACAUUUUACCAAAAAUUACAUUAUAAAUGUGAUAAUUGUACUAAAUGAGUUUAUAGAUAACACCCUAGGGUAAUGGUGGCCUAGUGGAUUGAGCCUUACUCCAGUCAAGAUUAUAUUUCUUAAAAUGAUACCUGUGCGAAAUAGAAUUCAAGUUGUUAGAACAAGUUUCACAAUAGAUCUUGAAUAAACACAUGUAUAUGUUCACUUAUAAAAAAGAUAUUUGCCAUAAGUUGCCAGAACAGUGACGUUUGACUUAAAACUCAACUUUUGGGUUGAAAAACAAGAUUAUUUUUAUCUUUUAAUCUUGAAUAUGAAUGUUAAGUUCCUAUGCAAGUCUGUUGUAAAGUUCACAGUGAUUAUUGUGUUCCAUGGUAUGUAAAAUAGUUCUUGAUUUUUGCCAUAAUGUAUUCCCCUAUCACCUAACCUUGUGUCUAUUUUAAGCUCGAAUUUUUCAAAGAAAAAAAAAGCUAUUUCUUCAGUCAUGUUGACCUUGCUGUGGCUCUUGUUAAUUUAAUUUUUGUGUUGUUUCUUAACUUCAGCUAACACUUUAACAAUAUUCAUAUUCAUAAUUUAUAAUGUACUGGCAGCUUUUUACAAACAGGCCUAGAUAUUUACAGAAAAUGUCAUACAAAGCUAGCUUUUUUUAAAAAAAAGAUCAAGAUCAAAAUAUGCUUUAACACCCUUCAAGAUCAUUUAUAUGGAUGCAUUAAUAUGUGUGCAAUUUAUUGUGAUAAUAUUUGAGCCACGCCAUGAUAAAACCAACAUAGUGCGUUUACGACCAGCAUAGAUCCAGACCAGCCUGUGCAUCGGCGAAUGCUGGUCUGGAUCCAUGCUGUUUGUUAUCAGUUUCUCUACUCGUAAAAGGGUUGAUAAGUGAACAGCAUGGAUCCUGAUCAGACUGCGCGGAUGUGCAGGCUGGUCUUGAUCCAUGCUGGAUCGCGAACCCACUAUGUUGGUUUUGUUGUGACGCGGCUCAUUUGUAUUGUAGUGGAACCUUUAUGUGGUUGAUGUGGCUGUGUAUUUGUGACUGUGAAACCAUUUGUCCCUCACAGCUUGAUGCAAGCAUGAUAGUCAUUUAUGUAGCUUAAAGAUUUUUGAUGGCUCUACAAAUGUGCACAUUCUUAGCUUGACUGUUUGAGUUAGUUUGAACUAUGGAGUUGGUUUGGCUAUUUGGAGGAUAGCUGGUUAUGAAACUUUAGAUACAUAAUUAUGUAAUCAUUAUUUUUAUAGAACAUGAAAAAUAUAGAUAACAUUUUACAUUUAUAUUAUUAACCUAUGUUAUGAGAAAUUGGUAAUAACUACAUGUUCUUAUUUAGCGAACGUUUUAGAUUAUUAAAAAGCAGGUAAUGUUUAAAAAAUCAUUUGGUAUUAAGCAGAAUGAAGUUUAUAAAUGGUAUUCAAUAACUUGGUAUUAGAUUCCAGUUAAAAAAACAAAAACAAAAAUAAAACCUAUUGUUAAAAAGGCUUUGAUUUAUUGGCCUGUUACCAAUGUGGGUUCUAAUCAUGCAAUUUUUAUUGAAAUGUUUAAUGUUAACUAAAGAGAGCUUAAUAAGCCAGCUAGGUUGUGGAACCUUAGUGGUUCUACUCAUAGACAUCAAAUAUUGUGGUGUCUCGGGGAAUUUCUUACUACAUUACUAGAGUACAGUUACGAGAAUUUGACAAUAUUUAGUGGAAAACAAUAUACUUUUUGCAGGUUUCUAUAGGAUUUUUAAAGGCUAAAUGCAUGGGCAGAUGAAAGCAUAUAACGUUACAAUGAAAUACAUCUUUACCAUGAUCAUAUUGUGACAGAAAAUUGGAAAUAUAGAAUCCAUUAGUGUAUGAAUAUUUUUGAAUUUAUAUAAAAUUGUGGAUCAAUUGUUUUUGUUAUCAUGAUACUUGUAGAAAGUACCAGAUAUUGACACCAAAAGGAUAAAUAUUUCUAGUAACAUCUCAAAUCAAAGCACAGAAGGUGCUGAAUUUGUUUGGGUCUAAGAAUGUCAGAAAGGUGAAGGUUGUGAGAUU